GAAUCCUCCUUAAUUCUCCUUAAUCCUUAAUUUUUAAUUUUGAGAGAGAGAGAGAGAGGCAAAGAGGGACUCAAUUUCAGGGAAGAAGGGAGGAGAGAGGUUCUCAAUCUCACCUGAUGAUCAGAGAGAUUCUGAAGGAGCAAUUAGCCAACGAAGCAUUCAAUUGAAGAAAGCGCACGGUGCAUCUUUGAUUGCUACAUCAAUCAAUCUAAUCUAUUACCAUUAGAUCUCUCAUUGUCUGGGGUGGGGGAUCCCAAUUUUAUUUGACGAAUUCAACGAUCUCGCUCUUAUGUUCGUAAUUGUAAUUGAUUUUGGAUUUGGAGAAGAGAUGAGAUGAUUAGGAAGACGACAUCAGAUUGUGAUUGGCAGAAGAUACGCAGAUGGAAAGCCACUUCUGUUGUCAUCAUGCAGAUCAAGUGAUUUCAUCAUCCCAUUUACAUAACCGAUAUCAAAAUAACAUUAAAAACGAUUCAAUGUCGUCGUCUUCUUCCUCGUCACUCUUUCUGCCGAGUUCUUCCCCGCCGCCAUCACUGCUGCAGCAAUCUUAUUCUCCGCCAUCUUCGUCUCCCGCUUUGGUCGGUGGAGUUGGAGGAGGAGAAGCAGGUGCAGGUUAUAUAGAACACGUCGUUUCCAAAUUUGACACGCUUGCUGGUGUCGCCAUCAAAUACGGCGUUGAGGUGGCCGACAUCAAAAAGAUGAAUGGCCUUGUUACAGAUCGUCAAAUGUUUGCCCUCAGGUUUCUUCAGAUUCCACUACCUGGGAGGCAUCGUCCAUCCCCUUGUUUAUCAAAUGGUUCCAACACACCAUGCCAGACUAGCUCUGACCAGACCCCACCCCGCCACACACAAGGUGAUAUGUUUGAAUCAUUCCGGUCCCUUAGAGUUACUCCUCAGCGGAAAGCCUCCCCGGCUAUGGACUCUUUACAAAGUUAUUACGGGCUGAAACCAAGAAAUCAGAACCCCAUAACUGAAGGUUUUGAAAUGGCAGUCUACAAAAAUGGAGGUGGCCAUUAUUUAGAAAAUGGACACUUCCUUAGAGGGUCGCCAGCUUCUGACAAACCUUUCGGCCAACGUCGAAAGUCAAGAAGCUUAGUUAAGCUGGAUGAGAAUGGUGAACUUUCGGAUUCCAUGCCUGGUAUGGAAACUAGAGAGAGUGACUCUGAUCAAUUUGGUGAAAAACUAAUUAGGAGGCGUCAGAAAUCAGAAGCUGACUUUUCUCGCACUCCUGAGAUGCUGUUGGGAGAUAACAGUGGCAGUGGCAGUGGCACUGCCGGGUUUUCAGCGUUUACAGGGCAGUGCUUGGCCCUUAGACCCAAAGCAGCUAAUCGAACGGCUUUAGGAACUGAUGUUGAAGCUGGUGGCUUGAAUCCUAUACCAGUGGGUUUGGGUGAUUCUUUUAUAACAGACGGGUUGUCUGGAGUGAGGAAGUCGUCAAGCACAUCAAAUUUGCAGGAUCACGACAGUAGCAGUUCUGCAUCCAUCUGGUCAACUUCCAAGUGGAGUUUGAAGCCAGAUUUACAAGUAUUUUCAACUGCAGCCAUUAGAAAACCAAUAUUUGAUGGUUUGCCUAAGCCAACAGGUCGAAGAAAGGCUGCACUUGAUUAAUUCAUUUGAUUGUACUCUAAUUGCCAAUUUUGAUCCAUGUUUUUGCACAUGCAUUACCUGCUUUCAAGGGGUAAAUAGAAAGAAAAAAGAAAGGGGGGGAAAAGAUUUGAAUAAGACCCUAUAUCAUUAAUCAUUGAAAUACAUGUGAAUUUCCUGUUAGAUGGAAAACAGUUCCAAGCUUUAGGAAGAGGUACCAGUUCAAGCCAUGGAUGAACGCUUGGAAGGAGCAAGCGAUCACAUGCGCAGUGCGAACAAAAGAUUACCGGAUAUUUGCCAGACAAAUUUGUAAGCAUUUGGCCAGAUUAUAGAAGAUGUAUAUUGGUUCUGGCUCUCCUUGGGUUUCUGGGAGGAUCUGUUUAUAACAUCAUAUAUCAUACUAGCUAUUAUUCUUUUGUGUUACUUUCGCACGGAAGCCACAAUCUAAUGUUCUUUAUUUCUGAUCUUGUUUCAGCAGUUUGUAUGUCUUCAUGAUCAUCAAUGUGCUUACUACCUCUACGUAAAAUAUUGAUCUUAUCAAUGUACUCGUAUCCUGUUGAUAAGUUUUCUUUGA